ACCGAUGUUUUCGGACAUGUUCGUGGUCUGCGUGACAGUGUGUUUUCGUUGAAAGAGGAGUUAUCAAAGACUUAUUCCUCCAUAAUGGACACUUGGGUGCCAGCAUACAAAGACCAGCUUCCCUCUGUUAGUCCACGUGCUGAUAUUGAUUUGAAGUAUCUCUUCUCAUCUUUGCAGAGUCAAUAUGAUGCAAUUGAAGCUUGGAGUCGACGUCAACAUCAGGUAGAAUUGAAGCAGAUCAGUAGUACUAUGAUUAGUUUUCUAACACAACUUUAUGAUUGUUGGAAAUGUGGGUUUCUGUGUAGCGAUUUAAAGUUGCCAUGCCGUAUUUUAAAUAUUCCAUAUGGUUCAAGAAACAGUUUAUCCCAGCCUGUGUUAAAUAAGGUCAAUGUGAAUGGGAUAUCGCCAUGGCCACCUCAACACUUAACUUUUGUUCCACCCGAACACCCAGUGCCAGAAAAUUCAGUCAGUGAUCUAAGUAAAACUGUUUGUUCGACAAGCAGUGAUUCGGUAGAAGAUUUUGUCUAUUCGAAAGUGACAUUUUCACGUGAUUCUUUGAGGAAGACGUUGAAAUCUGCGGUAAUCACAGUGCAUACUCCGGAAGUCAGUAGCAGCAGUAGUAGUCAGAGUGAAGGGCGUAUCUCACGUGAUGAUGUCCAUGAUGGUAAUGCAAGACUGCUCAGUGAUCGAUGUGCUGGAGUGGACUCUUCCGUAUCACACUCCAGUAACCCGUGUUCCCCUAAUAUUAUUCCUCAGACAAGAUUACUUAUUGCUGUUAACCAAACAUGUUCAAAGAAUGUUACAAGUAUGUCACCUAACACCUCCUCAUCUUUGGAUUCUAAUUCUCUUCGAACCACAGAGGUGAUAAAUUCGUCAGAAUCUUCUGUUUCGGUGAGUAAAAGUACUACUGAUAAUUCAGAAUUGAAUUCUUUAAAGUUAGUUACUGAGAUUGUUGUGAAUGAUGUGCCAUCACUUGAGAGCCUUUCAAAUCCCUUAUCAUCAGGAAACGCUUGUAAUAAUAGUCCUACUGAAAUUGACGUUGCGUACAAAGAAAAGGCAUCUGUUAGAAAUUCAUAUGAUUGUGAGAAAGAAGUUAACGGUAGCCAGUGUCCUCCUCAACCGGUUCGGGUGUGCAGUUCUGUGGUGUCAAAAAACAGUGAUACGUUAACGGUCGUUACUAAUGCAAGUGAUUCAUGUGGAAGUGCUUUGCAAAUGUCAAUUGAUUCCCGAGGUGAAUCAUUGGUUCAGAGUGCUUCGGUAAGUCUAAGUGGAACAACGGAAUGUGCUCAUUCGGAAAACUUCUCAUCCGUACCGAAUAAACUAUCAGACAGUCUUAUGCUGGUCUCAUCACGUAGUGAAUGUAAUGAAUCUGAAGCGCAGUCUGUCCCAUCAAACGCUGAUGUGGACACACCAUCUCCUUCGUAUGUUUCAAUCAAUAAUGUUGAGAAUAUUUCUUCACAGCCUAACACAGCUGAACCUACGGAAGAUAUUGAUGUCACUUCAGGUAACCCUGUUCCUUCGCCUAAUUCUGAUGGGAUUCCAGGAAGCCCAGGUGCUUCCACAAACAAUUGCGAUUCACCUUUGCAGGAUUCAAGUUACCGAGAUGAUCAUGAUGAAGAGUCGACAUAUUCUCUUGAGAGCAAUUCUGAUGAGAUAUCAGAAAGUAGAUCCCAGUUAUCGUCUGUCAGUACUGUUGUCUCAAUAAACCGGGAGAAAGAAAAGUCGAUAAAGAAGGUGUGCAUUUAUUUACCCAGUAAUACUGUUACUAACUCUCCGAUUAAGAAUAUUGUCUGUCAAUAUAGUAGUGGGGAAGAGCACUCCGACUCUGAUCAGGUGAACAGUUGCACAAUGACUCUUGAUAGACGGCGAGUUGGGAAAUUGAAACGGAAGCUGAAGAAGUUGAACCACUUACCUGUUUCUGGAACGAAUACUUCUGAAAUCUCAGAAAGGAACUCCGCCUCACAAAUUGAAAGUCUCUUGUGCUCGAUUCCGUCAACUAGUAACAGUUGUUCAUUGACGGGGUUUCCAGAUGGUUCACAUAAUUUGACUAAUUUCCGUGUGAAACAACCGUUAAGUGAUCUUGUAUCUCUUCCUUCUUGGGUGCAAGAGAAAUCUCUGAAUUCUAAAGCUCCCGGACCAGUGACGGCUUCGGUAUUAGGACUAUCUGCGUUCCCACUUUCAACUGUAUCAGUUAGCUCGACUUCUGAUGAAUAAAAUCUCAUCUUUUCUACAGAUUAAUGUUAUUGUUUAAUAUCUGAUAUACAACGUCCUUGACUUGUAUAAAUGUGUACAUAAUGCACUUGUGAUAUCUAUCGAUUGAUAAACGAAGAUUUAUUUUGUGUACACGAUUGUGUUUAUUGCUAUUCAUUACUUAUUUAUUUUUUUAUCUAAAAUAGAAAUUAAUUUUACUU